ACGACUACCAGUCCACGACACGACAUCACCCCAAACAUGUCGCACGACACAGUCUUCUACUCCCGUCCACGCAACUACGGCAAAGGUUCUCGUGGCUGCCGUGUAACUGGCGACAAGAAGAAGUCCGGGGUCAUUCGAAAGUAUGGGUUGAACAUGUCCCGACAAGCCUUUCGAGAGAAGGCUGAGGAUAUUGGGUUCAAGAAGAUGCGAUGAGGGAUGAGAUUGAGCGGGUCAUUUCUCCGGAGGGGGAAAGACGUAGACUCACUUGCUGGUUGGAGGACGAACAUGGACGACAUUGCGCAGUUUUGCAUCUUGGCAGGCACUCUGAAGGCCUUUCUCACAGCCACGACAAUGACGCGCAGUCGAAGCAAUAGCUCCUCCAGCGAAGAAUGGGCAAAUCCAUUUGAAUCCUGA